UUUCAAAGAAUCACAAUAAUUGUUCAAACAAUCCUUUUCAUUCAAAAAAGGCCUGAACAAUUUAUCAUCAACUUAGUUGAGAGUAAAUAGAUGUAAAGAUUACUUUCCUGUUUAAUAGAUAUCCAUGUUCGAUAAAAUUAUCGAUUCUCUUGAAAUUGCUGUAUUUUCAACGAACUAGGACAAGUUUUUAAUAAUUUUAGGAUAAAUGGCAAUACCCAAUUCAAAUUUACCAUAAAUCAAAUUCACUUUACUCUCAAGUCACUAACAAAAACUUAUCUUCUAGAACAAAGUUUUGAAAUAUCAAGAUAAGAAAUACUUAAAUGAAUUUUACUAUUUUGAAUAAUUGUAAUAUGAUGGAUUUAUUUUUUUAAUUUAGUUAUUCCAAGAAUGAAUUUAAAUGGUGCAAUGUUAUUCUUUGAAAAUGGAAAAAUAUCAAAAUACAAGAAUUAAUUAAAUUAAUUAAGAAUGAGGACUAUUAUAAUCAACAUCCAUCUUUCUUUAGGGUAAUACUUUAGCAUCUAAUAGUUAAGUAGUCCAUCUGUUAAUAAGGUUUUAAGAUAGGAUAAUAAAAAGCAAAAUUAGAUAGCCAUAGGGUCUCUCAAUCCAGGAUGCUUUUCUCAUAUUUUACGAUAUUAGCAUUUCAUUGAAGGAAUAACUCUAUUUUUAAUGGAUGCUAAGACAAGAUAAGCAUACUGAAUUAUGAAGAGCUGCUAUAUCUAUCUAAAUUUGAUUUUUAUUGGUUCUUAGGAUACUACAUCAUAAGGUAACUCUAAACGAUCUCCUUAGGAUGUUAAGACAGAAAAAUAAUAUUAACCUCUGAUAAAU